ACCCCUGUAUCAACCUGCAGCCAGCAGGAGUUCAGUGCAAAUGGGCGGCGUUUUACACUGGGCAAGGAAGACCUAACGCCACCAUUCAAGCCGUAUUUUUCAGCUGUCGGCGCGGUGCCAACCCGAGCACCAUGGCUAUGUUACUGUGUGGCUGUAAAUGUGUGUCGUGGCCGCUGUUUUUGGAGUAGUAGGGCUCGCCUGUGUGUGGUGAUCCGGCCUGCCGUCCUGAGCGCUGUCUGCAGCGGUAGUGUAGAUGCCUUGGCCGAGAUGAGUGUGAAGGCUUUUGAGCUUGUCCCCGCUGUGGAGCGAGAUCUCCUCAUGGGCGACAAGGCUCGCAUCAACAUCGAGUGCAUCGAAUGCUGUGGAAAGCACUUGUACAUGGGCACCAAUGACUGCUUCAUCCACCACUUCCUGCUGGAUGAGGUCACUUCCUCCAAAGGGAAACUGAGUUACCUGGCUCAGAAGCUGCUGCACAAAUAUCUGGGCCUCAAGAAGCCGGUCGCUGAGCUGCGCGCCGCCUCAGCAUUGGAGCGUCUGAUAGUGCUUUGCGAUGGAAUAGUGUUCCUGGUCGACAUGGUGACACUGGAGACUGUCCCCUCGGCAGCAGGUGGUGGAGCCAAGAUCAGAGGCGUGACAGCGUUCUGCAUCAACGAGAACCCAGUGAACGGUGAUCCGUUCUGUGUGGAAAUGGGCGUGCUCUCCUCCAAGCGGCGGACAGUGCAGAUUUACAUGGUGUAUGAGGACAGAGUGCAGCUGGUCAAAGAGGUGACCACUCCUGAGCAGCCCUGCGCUGUCAGCGUUGAUGGUUACUUCUUGUGCCUGGCCCUCGCUACACAGUACAUGAUUCUGAACUACAACACAGGAACCUCCCAAGACCUCUUCCCUUACAACAGUGAAGAGAGGAGACCUAUUGUGAAGAGGAUCGGCAGGGAGGAGUUCCUCCUAGCAGCACCUGGUGGUCUGGGAAUGUUUGCCAAUGCAGAAGGGGUAUCCCAGCGGGCUCCAGUUAACUGGUCAGAGAGCGUGAUCGGUGCCGCUGUGUGUUUUCCGUACGUGGUGGCGUUGGAUGAAAGCUUCAUCACCAUCCACAGCAUGUUGGACCAACAGCUGAAACAAACACUUUCAUUCAGGGAUGGACACAUUCUGCAAGACUUUGAAGGAAAGGUCAUACUGGCUUCUACUAAGGCAGUGUAUGUCCUGGUACCCCUGCCGCUGGAGAGACAGAUCCAGGACUUACUGGCCAGUCACAGAGUGGAGGAGGCGCUCGUCCUCACAGAGGGAGCACAGCAAAAUAUUCCCAAAGACAAGUUUCAGAUUUUGCACAAAAGAAUCUUCCAGCAGGCGGGCUUCAUACAGUUCGGACAACUCCAGUUUCUAGAAGCAAAAGAACACUUCAGAAAGGGUCAGCUGGAUGUGCGGGAGCUUAUAUCUCUUUACCCACUGCUGCUGCCAGCUUCCUCUACAUUCACACGCUGCCACCCUCCUCUUCACGAGUUUGCAGAUCUCAACCACCUGGCACAGGGCGACCAGGAAAAAGUACUGCGAUGCAAGAAAUUUCUUAUCAGUUAUUUGGGAGAGGUACGAAGCACAGAGGUGGCCAACGGCUGCAGAGAGGACGUCGACACUGCACUGUUAAAGCUGUAUGCUGAACAGAAUCAUGACAGCCUCCUAGACCUGCUAGCUUCAGACAACUCCUGCCUGCUAGCAGAGAGUGUCCCAUGGCUGGAGAAAUAUCACAAAUAUUUUGCACUCGGGCUGCUCUAUCAUUAUAAUGGUCAGGAUGCAGCAGCACUUCAGUUGUGGAUUCGUGUGGUAGACGGGGAUCUGCAGGACUCCACGAGAUCUGACCUGUAUGAAUACAUCACUGACUUUCUCUGCACCUGCUCCAACCUGGAUCUGAUAUGGAAGUAUGCAGACUGGGCCUUGCGGAAGGAUCCCACCAAAGGUGUCCACAUCUUUACUAAGAGACCUUCCAGUAAAGAUCUGCCAGAAGUGAAACACGAUGAUGUUAUCACGUACCUGGGAAAGCACAGCCAGGCGCUGCUCCUCUACCUGGAACACCUGGUGCUGGAGAGAAGGAUAAAGAAAGAGAAGUUCCACACACACCUGGCCGUGUUGUACCUGGAGAGAGUCUUGUCACUGCUGUCGGAGUCGCCAUCAGAUGAGGAGCAGCUCACCAGAGCUAGAGAGAGGCUCCAAGCUCUGCUCAGGGAGUCCAACCUAUACCGUGCACAGUAUCUUUUAGCUAAGAUGGAGAACUGUGAACAGCUGCUGCUAGAGCGUGCGACACUACAUGGAAAGCUGGAGGAGCAUGACAAAGCACUGCAUAUAUUGGUGCACGAGCUGAGAGACUUCCUGUCCGCUGAGGCCUUCUGUAUAUGGGCCUCUUCUUGUCGGGAUUCUGCUUACCGGCAGCAGCUUUUUCACCAGCUCUUGGGGGUGUAUCUAGACGGGAGCCUUCCUGGAAACACUCAGACUGCAGCAGGAGGUGGAGACCUGGAGAUGGCGGCAGUGGACCUCCUAAAUCGGCACGGCGAGGUGUUUGAUGCAGUCCGUGUCCUGCGCAUGCUCCCUGACGGCUGGUCGCUGCAGCUGCUGCGGCCCUUUUUGGGUCGAGCCGUCAGGGCCAGUAUGCAUGCCUGCCGCACCUCCCAGAUCGCUCUGGGGCUAGCCCACUCUGAAAACCUUCAACUGCUGCAUGACAGGUUGAAACACCGGAAGAAACCAAUCUUUGUGUCUGAAAAGAAAGGAUGCCACCUGUGCCACAACACCUUCAGCGAGCCUGACGUGGUGUGCCUGCCGGGUGGAGUGCCUGUCCAUACUCACUGUGUCGCCCAGAGAGUAAGAGACUCUCCCACAAAGAGACAGUUAACUAAUAGCAGUAACCAUACGUGAGACUUGAGCCUUCAGACCACCACGUGAGGCACCAAACUAAAGCAGGACAUGCUGAGGACUGUGGGGGAAAAACAAAAAGCACAGAACACCCAAUGCCAUAGUAGAAUCUGCUAUGGAGAGAAACACAAAGGAAGCUGUGCGAGUGCGUUUAUGUGUGUGUGUGUGAGUGUGUAUGAGAGCGUGAGAGCAAGGGAGAAACAGACGAUUUCAUCAAUUUAAUCCUGUGCCGUAAUUAUACCACACUGUCAGACUGCAAGUUUUUAAUAGCAGUGAGUAACAACAGCUACGUCCCUUGGCCCUUUAAUCCACUUAAACAGAAUGAAUCAAAGAAAGGCUCCUGUGCUUAUCCGUGGGUUCAGUGCUGUAUCGGUCAUCGUCUCCGCUUGAACAGUUUUAAACCUGAGAUUUGAGAAACUGCUUGAACACACAAUAUUUGAAACCUGUUGCAGAUAUUUCCAAAGCAUGCAUAGUAUUACCACUCUUACAGUUCUGGUCUGAUCACCUCAUGUGGUUAUUGUAUUAAUAUUGUCCUAACUUGCACAUUGCAGCGUUAGGUUUUAAUGUGAAUUACUACAAAGACUCGUCCGUGCUGAUGGAAACAGAGUCUUUUAUGUCUGUCUUUUACUCUCUGGGAUCUGGUCUCACUGCUGCUUUAUUCCCCCCCUCAGCCGUAAGGGCAUUGGAUGUUGUGUUCACAGUAAUUCAGUUUAACAUUUUGACCCAAACCCGUUAGAUUUUGAAUGUCCUGUUAUCGAGGUGAGAGACCGUCUGUCAGUGUAUCGUCUGUGGAGCAACAACAGUGUAAAACACUACAUGAAAUGUUACAUCGCUCCACUACUCAUCAAUACAUGGGAGUGGGGAUUCAAUACUCAAACUGCAGUAGUCAGAUUAACCCUCUAGAACCUGCACAAAUCAAAUAAUCUUUAUUGAUAAUGUGUCAGUAGACACCUUGUGAAACAUGCAAGCAGAUGUACACAGCAAGUUGGAGAUGCGUACAGAGUAUCAUCAGAUUAUGUGAAGACAAACUCCAUUUAAAUUUUGUCUGGUUUUGGGUAACAAAUGAAAUAAAUCAAUUGCCGUCAUACAGAUCCAUUUUGUUUGUUUGGCCAGGGAACAUACAGUGAUAGGGAGGUGAAGACCCUCCUCUUCCAGUGUCCCUCAUGGGAACUCAUUUCUAAAAUAUAUACAGUAAUCAACGGCGAGAAGCAAUAUGUUUUAACCCCAUUUCAAUUAUGCCAUGUAUUACACCAGUGAUGUUUGUCAAUUUAAAACAGUUUUUCAGGUCGAGAAAGUUGUUUGCUCAUCAUAAGUUUGUCACUGUACCAUUUAGUUUUGUGUGAAUUCGCUUGGUGAACUACAUCUCUCCUCUCGCACACCUACACCAACUAGCUAUCUAAUACCCUUUUUUCCUUUGGCACUCAUGGCCGCGUCGAGUAAAGUCAUGCCUUGCCGAUUUUUGUCUCCAUUGUUUAGUUUAGACACGCUGUGCCACACUACGCUGAGCCGGAGGUGGACCCUCUCAGGAGUAAGUCCAAGAGCUGGGCAAGUUGGAGUUUAGUUUCUCUCUCCUGUUUUUGAUUCAGAUAUCUGCUUUAUUUUACUGUUUUCAUGUUCGCUAUCCGCCGUAUCAGAAGUUGUGUGAAGCUGCUGCUUGAAAUCUCAAUAUUUCCUUAUGUUGGUUCUUCACUAUUAAAGUUUAUACAUAACAAAAUAAUGGGGUAGGUAACUUAGCUGUGUUUCAAACACAAAUUAAGAUUAUCUGUUGUUGAUGUGUUUUACCAGCGAUUCCUGGGGUCUCAUUUAUGAAUAUUGCAUACGCACAAAACGAUGUCUGAUUGAAGCGUACCUCCCACUAAAGCUGUGAAGUAUAAAAACAGACUUGAUGGGAGAAACUUUGACCCUUGCUCAUGAACAUUUUGAAAAUAGGAAAUUGACAACGCAGAUGGUGAGGUGGAGGGCUGAUUGUACAAACCAUUUUUUGCUUUUGUCCGCACGACAUGUGUGGUUGUUCGAAUUACAUAUUUUCAGAGUUUUGUACUUCAACAGUUUUCCGACAAACUGUGACUUUGUUUAGUUGCAUAAUUAUAUUUUAAAUUGACAAACAUUGUAUGUGUGAAUCAUGAAACAAUUCAAACGGGGUCAAAAAAUUGUCCCCCUCAGAAACGACUAACAUUUAUUCCGAAAUAAGGUCCCAUGGUGAUCCACCAGCAGGGCGGGGGGGGUUUAACCUCUCUAUAAAGACAUCCAAAUGUGCCGGUGGCAACAUUUAGGAGGCCUCAAGAUUAAUAUUCUUUGGCUUAAGUCCUCAGGAGGGGCCCAGAGGUAAUUUGUUCCACAUAAUCAUUACAAAAUGAUCGUUGUCAAUUUAAUAAUGUGAGAUAAUUUUAAUUCAUCUCCGUUGUCACCCUCUGUGGGUGAUUCCAGUGUUUUUUCACAACUUACAUUUUGUGAUGCAAGAAAUGUAGUGCCCCUUUUUAUUUAGCAUGUAAAACAGAGUUUGACCACAGGGUGGCAGUAAUGUGUGAAAUCUCUAAACAAACAUGAGGGUAAAAUAACUCUAUGGUAUCCUUUACCAUUAUUCUAAAUGACCUGAGUUUACUUUCUAAGUGAUGAAAAAAUAAUACAUGAAGCUGUUUGGAACAAAUCCUCCGAACCUGUUUGAUGGUUUUUCUCUCUUAUUCUCUGCGUCACGCCCCAGCUCAAUAACACACACCCUGGUUUUGGUUGAAAGGAAAUGCUUUGACAUUUAAUCAUGCUAUUAAAACAUCUUCCUGUAGAUGAUGGAAAAACACAAACUCAUUGCUUAAACUGUGACAGUGAACAGGAUCGGCAUGAAACCUCCAGAUUAGGCGUUUACUGUGGUCGAAUAUGAAUUUCUACCACAUUUCUUUUUAAAGUAACAGAUGUCUGUCAAAGAAAAUGGUCGUCUCAUAAUGCAUGACAUGACCCUGCACAUUACUUGUUAACUUUUUUUAAUGUUUUGACGUUAAGAGAAAACAAAACCAUCAUCAUCAGUGGCUUUGAUUACCCAAGAAAAACACGUGGCCUGAUACAAAUCAGCUCUGCUGGAUUUAUGGCUUUAACCUCUUCACCAUGAAACCCGUCUUUAAAACGGAAAUUAAACAGAUUAUAUUAUAAAUACGCAGAGGUGGGACCAAGUCACAAGUAAGUCUCCAGUCUUUACACACAAGUUCCGAAUCACAAGUCCUGAUGUUUGAGUUUGAGUCCUGAACAAGUCGUAAUGGGAUUUUCACCAAAUGUAAUGCAAAUAUUUACAAAAAUCAUGAAUGCAUUUUAAAAUUUGCAUUUAUUUGUAAAUCAAGUUUGUUAAAACUUAGCCGUUAGCUAAGCAUUAGCUCGCUAACUAGGUUAACAUUUGCCGCAAUUUACCGUCCUUUGUGCAACUUCAAAUGCCAAACGAAGUUGAAUGUUGUCGCAUCUCCGUCUGUAAUUUUUGGCCCGCACAUUUUGCAUACUGCAGUUUGUUUUUUGGUGACCUCUGCAUAGUUUUGUACAUGAACAAAAUUAUCUCUAGUAUUUUUUCCAACUGGCGCUCAGUAAGGUAACAUUAGUUCUUCACGACUCUCUCCUGCAACUUGAGCAGAUGCCGUUGGAUCGGUUGAAGAAUAAAUAACUUUAAUGUUAGCUGCUUCUGGAAAUGAAGGGAAAUGAAUUGAUUCAUGGCACACUUUUUAGACAACAUACUUUUUAAUCUUUGAGCCUUAGAGGGUGUCAAGCGUUUUCAACAAAAACGAUCAAGUCCAAAUGACGUCACAAAUCAUUGGUGUUAAAGUCCAAGUUGAGUUGCAAGUUGUUUUCAGAUUUUGUCAAGUCAUUUGUGACUCAUGUCCGAGUCAUGCAACUUGAGUCCACACCUCUGUAAAGAAACCCUAAAAACCUUUACAGACUUGUCAUCACCAAACAACGCUUUGUCCUUUAGUGCUUUCCAAUCAUCGUAUGUGUGGGAAAAUGAAAGUGCAGCCUGGACCUCGUAGAUGUUUUUCCCAGACGGACAUAACUAACGGCAGGUACAUAAUGUGUUUCGUAAAUGUCUGCUGAAGGUGAAGCUUUGCUGAAAGAUGUUGAAUGUUGAAAAAUAGUGACAACUGAGGCGGCGGAGGAUGCAUGAAUGUCAUAACAGAGCACUGAGAGAAAACCCUGACAAAAACACACACAGAACACUCUUUCUGAAGUUAAAUCAUUGUUUACUUCCAUGUUUCUUUUUCAUAUUAAACACUCAUCUUUUGUGUUAGAGAUGUGUCUCUUACUGAAGAUGGCCAUUCAGACAUACAGUUAUCGAAAAAGCAAUUUUGACAGUCGCAACUUCUCAAAGAUCAGAGGAUGGCCGAAUGAUUCUUUACCCAAACACACUACAAUCUCUGUUCAAGUUAUUUGUAAGGACUCCUCUUCAAAGGAGAAGCUCAAUCAGUAUUCCUGAAAUCAAACCUCUAUGGAACAUGAUUUGAAAUUGUUACCAGCUGAGAAACACGACAGAAGCAAAACCCAAAAGAACAGAGUAUCUCCCCUCGGUUGUUUAUUCCAAACUCACAAUUGUCCGACCUUCUUAAACACUGUUGUUGGUUUUGCUUGUUUCUCUGGUGCCUGUGCUGUUGACGCUAGCCUUCUGUAACUGCAACACAUUUCUGCGAGGGGAACUUUGUGCAAACAUGGGACUAUUUUUCUAACAUGGAGAUCUGAAUAUUGUAGAUUCUGUAGGCUCGACUCACUUUCCAUGACAGAAAAUCCACAGCUUUCUGCACAGCAUCUUUCUGUCUGAACAUUUUAAGUGUAGCUUGCUUAAAAAGCCUCCUAACCAUGACUUCAGAUAAUUAAAAAAAUACAGUACAGUUGUGUGAAAAAAAAUGCUAUUGUAUUUUAUAAAUAUAUGUAAACUGGUAUGUAUAUACUGCAUUUGUACUUGUUUGUUGCUUUCUAAAUCAAUGCCAAUGUGGAUGGAGUGUACAAACUGUAAAUCCGUCCCAUUUUAAUAAACAUGAAACUGUAUAUC